AUGCACGAGAUGCCUGCUGAUCCUGGACAUACUUAUAUUGUCGUGUCCCUGCGGCCGCGUGAGCGAGCGGGCUCGGUGGUGUCCCCACUGCCAGUCCACUACAGUGUGGCACGCGUGGACAUCAUCGAGUUUGAGCGCCUUGCUGGGCGCAAAGUCCAGGAGUGCCGCAUGAGACUGGACUUCUUCAAGCGCUGUUUGGAGGCGCUCAACUCCCUGCUGGAUCGUGGAGCUUCUCGUGAGGAAUAUGUUCCAAACAUGCUCCCAUACAGCUACAGGCAGGAUGAGGAGUUCGGAAGCCUUCUCGAAGAAGUGGACGAAGGAACUUUUGGCCAGGUGGAAGGGUUUCGACCUGUCAUCGUGUUGGACACAUCUGGUCUGCUUGGUCAGAACCUCGUCUUCGUGAAGGCAGCCAUCAAGCGGCUGAUGUACUCCUUCAUCGUGGCGAAGAGCAGGUUCAAUCUCAUCACGUUCAACUCCGUCGGGAAGGCUGUGACCUGGGAGGACCGCCUUGUGCCUCCAGUGGCCCAGAAAUUGCGGGAAGCCGAAAGCUUUGUUGACCUGGCGCAGCCUUGCAGUGAAACGGACCUCUUGGAGGCGAUGAGAUGGGCCGUGCAAAGCUGCGAAGCCGACAUGGUGUACUUGAUCACAUCCGGCUUCUGCAAGAAGACGGAUGUUGAGUAUUGCCGGGCAGAUAUUCGUUCCCGCAAUCUUCGUCAAUUGCCGAUCCAUGUCAUCGGCGUCCAGUGCGAGGCAAGGGCAGAGGUGGAUCUCCGACGGCUGGCCGAAGAGAAUCGGGGCUCCUUCCGCCACAAGAGCUUCCGCUGCAAGACGUCGGUCUCAGGAUGCUUUGAGCAACUACUGAGCUCCAGGCGCUGCCCAUCGGCUCAGAAGAGGUCGUCGGCUCUUCGGAAAGCAGCUCAGCGCCUCUCAGUCGGUGGGCAGAUCGACAUACUGGAAGUGCUUGUGAAGGAGCAGGAAAUCCAGACAACCGAUUGGUUGGAAGAGCAGAAGUGCUCGAAUCGAAUUCUGCUGACAACUUCUUCACAGCAUCCUGUACCGGAUGUUCAGCAAGCCCGGUAUGCGGCGGGCCGUCUGGUCGUCAAUCAACUCUGCCGAUGUGCUCCGCCACCUCUUCGAGAGUUGCUGCAAGAGCGAAGGCCCCGACGGGGCUUUCGCCCCUGCUCGGCACGUGAAACCUCAACUGAGAGGUGGGUGGACGAUGUGGACGAUGGAGCUCGUCGUCCAUCUGUUCAAAACCCGUGGGACCGACCCAGUGGAGUCGUCAAGGUUUCUCAGGUGGCGUCAUGUGAAAAGGGCAUUCACCCGGCCCGGGCCGCGCUGUAUAGAAAAACUGGCUCCGGCUACGAGUUUGCACGAUAG